UACGCUGCUCGUUUGCACUCCACAGCGCCAGUGUGUGGUGUGACGUCACUCAGCCCGAGAUGAGGGCGAUCACUCUCAGCAGCAUCUCCCACUCAUACACGCUGGAGGAGGACUCUACUACAGCGUGUGACCAGCGCGAAUAACAUCAAUAGCGCGGAAUGUGACUCGGCGACAUUGCAGUUUAAUUGUAGCCCUUUUGUUGCCGUAAAUUCAAUCUAAUCGCUGUCACAGAGAGAAGUGGCGUGCUGAAAUCGUUUCAGUCAGUGCAGGGACAGCCCGGUCUUUCCAUUUCUCAAGGAUUUGAUGUCAGUUUAGGAAGACAAUGCUGAGGUUUGGUUUUUUUUUAACCCUUAAUCGGGCUUAAUCUUAUUUCGGGUGCUUUUGUCGAACUUCGACAACAAUCUUGCUGAAUACUGCCUCGGAUUAUUGGAUGUUAAUACUCUCAGCACAAUGAGCGUACCGCAUCAGCAGAGCUGUUAUGGUAGCGAGCCCAGCCCUGGACCUAUCCGCUGCUUUCGCUGCAGAGAGGUGUGUAAAGGGGAGGUUGUGCGUGUACAGAGCAUCCACUUCCACGUCAAAUGUUUCACCUGCCAAGUGUGUGGCUGUAACUUGGCCCGUUCUGGAUUUUUCCAGAAGAAGGGUGAGUACAUAUGCACAGCAGACUACCAACAUCUGUAUGGCACGAAGUGUGACAGCUGUGGGGACUUCAUCACAGGAGAGGUGGUAUCAGCGCUGGGCCACACAUAUCACCCAAAGUGCUUCGUUUGCAGUGUCUGCAGAAAACCUUUUCCAAUUGGAGACAGAGUAACAUUCAGUGGUAAGGAGUGUGUGUGUCAGCAGUGCUCCCACAAGCUUGUUGCCUCAAGUGAGCCGAUUAAGAUUCAUGGACCCAGUCACUGUGCAGGCUGUAAGGAGGAGAUCAAGCAGGGCCAGUCUCUCCUAGCAUUGGAGAAACAGUGGCAUGUCAGCUGCUUUAAGUGCCAAACCUGCGGAAUUGUUCUUACUGGAGAGUACAUAAGCAAAGAUGGGAUCCCAUACUGUGAAUCAGAUUACCACACCCAAUUUGGGAUAAAGUGUGAGACCUGCAGCCGAUACAUCAGUGGACAAGUAUUAGAGGCUGGAGGGAAGCGCUAUCACCCUACUUGUGCUCGCUGUGCCCGGUGUCAGAUGAUGUUUAUGGAAGGAGAGGAAAUGUACCUGACAGGUUCUGAGGUUUGGCAUCUGGCAUGUAAGCAAGUGGCCAGAGCCGAGAGGAAGCUCAGAGUGCGGCGUAUGUCCGAGACAUCCAUCUCACCCCCAGGGUCCAGCAUCAGUUCACCCAGCCGAGUCAUCUGUGCCAGAGUGGAGAAUGAGAUCCUAGAAUACAAAGAUCUGGCCGCACUGCCUAAGGUUAAGGCCAUUUACGAUCUGCAGAGGCCUGAAUUCUUAUCCUAUGAGCCAUAUUACAGGUUCUACUCGGACGACAGGCUAGAGCGCCUCAGCUUCGGCGAGUCUCUGGGCACACUCUCCCCUUAUUCUCAGGACAUGUAUGAAAGUGUGGAUCUGAGGCAGCGGAGGUCCUCCAGCCCUGGCUAUAUCGAUUCUCCUACCUACAGCAGACAGAGCAUGUCUCCUGUGUUGCCCCGCUCUCCUCAGCACUACUACCAAUAUGGCACUGAAAGUGGCAGGAGUUCACCCUCUUACCCACAGCUGGAGGCCAGGUCCAGCACACCCACUACUAAUCAAGCGCCGAAGCAUUUCCAUGUGCCAGCAACAGGAGAGCCUAACAUCUACCGGAAGCCUCCCAUCUAUAAGAGACAUGACAAUCAUGAUGUAGCCACAAAGAGCAAGACCAGCGAAGAUAUCCUUCAGUCAUCCAGAUUCUCAACAGCCUAUUCACCCGAGCACUACCAGCACUACCAGUCUAAUUACUUCCAAAACCCUGGUUCCCCUAAAUCUUUACGUAUUCCACGAAGAAGAUUUUCAUCGGGAGGAGAGGAAGAUGGAUGGAAUUAUGGUCUUCAAAGAAUCCAGGGUGGGAUUGGCAGGAUGAUCCUGAAGGAAGAGAUGAAAGCCCGGUCUGGUUCUUAUGGCAACGACCCCUGGGGUAGCACACGGAACUCCCGUGCUGGGAGCAAAGAGACUUUGCACAACACCAGCUACAACAAUACCAUCAAUGGCUCUUCACAGGCAGUCUAUCAAGCUGAAAAUGAGUAUAUAUCAAAAUCAGCCUCUUUGCCAGGGUAUGGCAGAAAUGGACUACACAGGCAGCAAAAUACAGACUACUUUCAGUAUGAUAGUGGCAAUGAAGUCAACUGGGGAAUCAGAGAGUACAAGGUUUACCCAUAUGAAGCUCUGAUUGUAACCACCAGGGGGCGAAAUAGGCUGCCAAAAGACGUAGAUAGAGCCCGACUGGAAAGGCAUCUCUCUCCAGAGGAGUUCUACCAGGUGUUUGGCAUGACCAUGGCUGAGUUUGACCGACUGGCACUGUGGAAGAGGAAUGAGAUGAAGAAACAGGCUAGGCUAUUCUAAAUGUUCCUGCUUCCUAUAUGAAGAAAUAGACAUAUCUGUCCAGAACUAACUUUUUCUGGCCACACACUCAUAAGCCAGCUGAGCAACAGUAAAACCCUGUGCUGCUGAAUAUGUGCCAGGCACAUAUGUAGUAUUAACUGGGACAAGAUCACUGAGUGUAAGAAAGAAAAAAGAAGGCAACAAUUAGAUUCUCUUUGCUUAAAUAGAUGAUUUUUUUCCAUUUCUUAUUGAGAAGAAUAGAGAAUCAAAUGUAAACAUUUUGGAGUUUGGCCUUAUAUUUUGCGUUAACUUAUGCACCAGCAGAGUGACUAGAAUGUAGACACUAUAUUAAUAAUAUAACCUGAGAUUUUUUUCUUCCUUUCUUGUAUGUUACACUUAAAGUAAUAUUUUAUUUUACUUAUGGACCGUUUUUAGCUUAGAGUGGAAACACAUAGCUGAAUAAUUAAGGUUAAUGGAAACAUGGAAAUUUUUCCAUGAAAAUGAAAACCAAAGUCUCAGAACUGUGUGUGAUUUAAACAGAAAAAAGUAGGAAUUAAGCACUACCUAUGCUAUAGAUGAUUCAGGGUAAGUCCUGAGCUGAAACAGUGAAUGUCAAGUUUUUUUCAACAAAUACAACUAUUUAGUAGACACAGUCUAAAGAAUGUGUUGAGCCAUCCUUAAGAAUUUUGUAAUGGUAGCAGUAGUUAUCAGUGGCUAGUUCAUUUGUAUUUAAGGCAACCUUAAGGAAUAUUCACAUCCACUCAUGAAUACAAAGCAUUAAAACACAUCAGAAGUAAACUAAGGGGUUAUGAUGCAAUGUUUUAAGCUUUCUUUAUUUCUUUAGUUCACUGGUGGUAAACUGAUUUGUAGAGUUUGGGUGUAUGGCAUUAUGGUGUUGUUAUGCCACGUUGCUAUUCAUACUACAAGCAUGAUUAUCAAUUUUGGACAAUCAGAAGGAUUUCCAGGAAUGUUAUUUUACUCAAGGGUACAUUCAUUGCAGCAAAUAAAAAAACCUGACCUCUAUUGCACUUAAUUGGGACCUAAUAGUAGAGUCUGUAAUACCACAGGAUAAUUGUGUACUUUAUAUAGAUUACGUUACAUUUGGACCUCACAAACCAUCAGAUGAAAUAUCUCUUGAUAUUAUACCUUUGGUAGUGUUGGGUGGGUUUUUUUUGUUUGUUUGUUUGUUUGUUUGUUUGUUUGUUUGUUUGUUUGUUUGUUUUGGAGUUGUUGUUUUUUGGGCCACUGGAAUGUUAAAAUGUUAUAUGAACUUAAGAGCAGUCAACAAGAGUGAGAACAUAUUUUUGAUCAUUCCUUUUUUUAAACAGUACAGCUACCUAUCUGGUCAACUUUAUUUAUUUGUCAGCAGUUUC